AUGGCGACAGACGACCACUCGCGCAUCGAGCUCUAUGAAUCGGGGUUGACGGUCCCUUCGGAUUCCGAGAACUACUCAGCCAACAAUGAGCUAUCUUCGUCGACCUCAAGCUCGCCCCUGAUUCUCUACAAGCCCCCGACGUUCUGGAGCCUCCUGCGAGGUGCAGCGAUCAACCUGGUCCUGCCCUUUGUGAACGGAUUGAUGUUGGGAUUUGGUGAACUUUUUGCACACGAGGCAGCCUUCAGACUAGGCUGGUCCAAUACCAAGAUUUGCGAAGCCCCGGGUCGUCCCAUCACUCCAGAUGCGGAGUGGAACCGUCCCGUCAAAACUCGUUUCCUUGCCAGAUCCAUCUACUAUACACUGAGUCAUGUGAUGACUAUCCGACCGCCCGGCAGAAAAAAAGAGCGUCUUUCGGAGUUCCGAAGUCUUCGUCUCCUUCCAGCUGUGCAACUCUCACUCUCUCCACGAAUCUUGACAAUGCUGGGAGGGUCUGGACUUCAAGGGCGUGGCGUGGUGCCCGCCAUUGCGCGGCAGCGAUUGACUACUUUCUCGCGCUCCAGUCGUUCGAUGUCUUCAUUCCGCCCCCAGACUUCGGGCUUUCCUGCUCGGUAUGGGAGACUGAACCAGUCUCUAGCAGGACAGCGCUCCUGGCGACCUGCUUCCGCUAUGUCCACGAUCUCCAGCGCGCGGUUCAACUCGUCCUCGUCCGCCUCCAACACAGACGCCCCGGUAAAUGCGUCGGACCUCUCCGAUCUUUCCGUCGACCAAAUCAAUUCGAUUCCCGAGAAAAUUGGAUAUCUGAAAGACAUCGGUCUCGACUACGGCUGGGGUCCGUCGAGUCUGAUGGAGUACGUCAUUGAGCACUUCCACGUCUGGAGCGGUCUCCCGUGGUGGGCCAGUAUCAUCGGCACCGGUCUCCUGGUCAGGCUGGCGCUGCUUAAGCCGAUGCUUGGAGCCGCGGAUACUUCGACGCGAUUGAACAAUAUCAAGCCGGUUCUGAACCCGAUCCGAACCCAGAUGACCCAGGCCAUGAGAGAUGGGAACACCGCACGCGCGCAGGAGCUCAAGAUGGAAAUGAGCAGGAUUCAGGAACUGCAUGGUGUCAAGGCCUACAAGUCUUUUAUUCCGUUGUUACAGGUCCCGCUUGGAUUCGGAAUGUACCGUGUCGUUAAGGGAAUGACCUCCUUGCCGGUACCCGAAUUGCUUAACGAAUCCGUUGGUUGGAUCCAGGAUCUGACCGUUGCCGAUCCGCUUUACAUUCUCCCGGCAUGUUCGGGUCUUUUCUUGUAUAUGGCACUGAAGAGAGGAGGAGAAUCCGGUACCAACCAAUUCAUGGACUCGGCCGUCGGAAAGGCCGUUCUCCACGGUCUGCCUGCUAUUUCUUUCGCCUUCCUGGCUUUCUUCCCUAGUGCGCUCCAGCUCUACUUCGCCGCAACCGGUCUGUUUGGUUUGGGCCAGGCCUACCUACUAAGCUCUCCGGCUUUCCGAAAGGCUGCCGGGGUCGCCCAGGCCCAGCCGGUCAUGACCCCCGAGGAAGCCGCAUCGCAGCAACGGAAGGCCAUUCGGCUACUCGCUGAUCAACUCGAAGCCAGUACCAAGGCUGCCAAACAAGCAACGCCUGAUGUGGAGCCUAGCGUCAUCGAUCGUGUCAUCGGGUCGCCCACGUCGUACUGGAAGAACUUCCGCAAGGAUAUCGAAGACAAGAUGAGUGACAUCAGCGGUAAAGGGCCGUCGACGAAUGCCGACGGGUCCCCUGCGGAAGCUCCGCGACUCAGCGAGAAGGACCGUCAACUGGCGGCCGACUACGAAAAGCGACGUCAGGAGGAAGAGGCAUGGAAGCGGGACGAGCGAAACCACGCCCGCCGGGAGGCCCAUAUGAGGGCCCUGGAGGCUCAGAAGGAGAGGGCCCGCGCGUCAUUCAAGAACGCAUCCACCAAGCAGCGGUGA